AUGUUAGAUUUAAAGAAUCAAGGACAAUCUAUUAUAACUUCUUUUGACAAACAAUCCGAGAAAGCUAAAAGUGAGUAUCGAGUUCGCUUAAAUGCCUCAAUUGAUGUUGCAAGGUAUCUUUUGAAAGAAGGAAUGCCUUUUCGAGGUCACGAUGAGAGUGAAACUUCUACAAGAAGAGGCAACUUCUUAGAUCUCUUAAAGUGGUAUGCCGAUAAGAAGGAAGAUGUAAAAAAUGUCGUACUAGAAAAUGCUCCAAAAAAUGAUAUCAUGAUUUGUCCAAGUGUACAAAAAGACAUUGUGAGAUCUUGUGCAAAAGAAACAUUAAAGGCAAUUAUUAAAGACUUGAACUGGUUGAUUUACUUUGGGAUAUUGGUUGAUGAAUCUAAGGAUGUCUCUCAUAAAGAACAAAUGCAUUACAUGUUUUGCUCAUCAAUUGCAAUUGACUCUUGUGGCUGUUGCAAAGAACAUUAUGAGGCAGAACAAUUUUUUGAUAUUCUUGCAAAUGUUUUAAAUAUUGUUGGAGGUUCUUUUAAGCGCAGGGAGAUGCUUCGAGAUGAUCAAGCAGAAAAGCUGGAGGAAUUACUAAUGCUUGGUGAAGUUCAUACAGGAAGCGGAUUAAAUCAAGAACUUGGACUUCAAAGGGCAGGUGAUACUUGUUGGAGUUCUCAUUUUAAGACAGUGCGUAAUUUUAUUAGUUUAUUCUCAUUAAUUGUUCAUGUGCUUGGAAUUCUUGCAAUUGAGGGUUCAAAUUAUCAUGAGAGAUCAAUGGCAAAAAUUCUAGUGGAUGAUAUAAGAUCAUAUGAGUUUGUGUAUAUGUUGCAUUUAAUGUUGAAAGUGUUGGCACUUACAUAUGAUUUAAAUAUGGCUUUGCAAAAAAAAGAUCAAGAUAUUGUAAGUGCCAUGAAGCUUGUUGGUUUUGCAAAGAGACAAUUGCAAGUUAUGAGAGAAUCAGGAUGGAAUUCUUUGGUAGAAGAUGUCUGUUUAUUUUGUAUCAAGCAUGAUAUUGUAAUCCCCGAAAUGGAUAUGAACUUUUCUCGUGGAAAGUCGAAGCGUAAGAAAUCAAGUGUUACAUAUUCUUAUCAUUUGCGUAUAGAGGUUUUCUAUACUAUUAUUGAUUUGCAACUUUCUGAGCUUAACAGUCGUUUCAGUGAAGUGAAUACUGAUCUACUUCUUGGUAUGGCUAGUUUGAGUCCUGAUAAUUCUUUUGCAAAUUAUGAUAAAGACGGGAUUAUGAAACUUGCAACACACUAUCCAAAUGAGUUUACUAAUUCUAUGCUUGAGGAUCUUGGUUUUGAGCUUGACAUCUAUAUUGACUAUGUGCGAGAGGCGGGCAAUGAAUUCUCUAACUUGAAAAGCGUUGGAGAUCUUUCAGAGACAAUGGUUAAAACAAAUUUGCACAUGACUUGGAGGCUUGUUUAUUUGCUUGUGAAGUUAAGUUUGAUAUUGUCUGUCGCUACUGCAACGUUUGUUAUAUAG